AGAGUCAGAGACAGGGAGAGAGAGAGAGAGAGAGAGAGAGAGAGAGGGUCAGUCGUGAUGAGCGGAGGUUGACUCCUGGUGACGCAAAGAGAGACCGAGCAGGGUGAAAGGAGGAGGCAGACAGAAUGGCUGCCCGGUGCCGCAGCUCCAAAUGCACCGUAGAAAGGAACGGAUUCAAGCGGGAACUCGAUACCUGGCGGCACAAACUGAUCAACUGCGUCGGGUUCGAGAGCAUUCUGGAGGGAAUCUAUGGCCCGUUGCUGCUCAGAGACCUCAAUAUUUUUGAUGACUGUGAACCCGAGGAGCUAGAGGACUGGGCAGUGAAGGCCAGUUGUUCCUUCUGCAGCCUGCUCAUCAAUGACCAUGUCCCAGUGGCCGCCUCCCCCUCAGACGACACGCCCUCCCAAGCCCCUUCCCUCUCGGACAGCAGCCUAUCAGCUCACAGGUUCCUCCAGGCUGUGUUCCAUAAGAAAGAGCUGGUGUCCAGUGGAGACCCUAACGUCCCUCUGGUAGCCCAGGAACUGAUGAAGAGGAUGGUGAGGCAGUUUGCCAUUGAGUACGCCUCCAAGACACGCCUUACCACCACCACAGGCUCCCAGCGUGCUGACCUCGACUCACCUCUAGACCUCACUCUGACACGGAACCAGGAGGAGGAACCCACACCAGCGGACAGUGUGCUCGACCUCUCCAAGCGGAACUCUGCCAGCUCGGCGUCCACGUCACCCACCAUUCACAAAGCCUCAGGGAGGCAGCAGCAGCGUUGGGGAGCAGCCGGGGCGUACCAGACCGAGGAACACCAUGCCCAGAGGUCCAGUGAGCUGUCUGUGGGGCUGCUGUCCAAGGCUCUGAGAGACGUGAGGUCUGGUCGUGGAUCCGGGAGAACAGAGCUGCCCUUCUCUACGGGAUCCCCCUUGAAAUCUUGCGCUCAGAGCUGGGGGAGGAUGUGA